UUUCAUGUCAUGAGAGCCAAAAUGGCGGUUUCUAGCCUGUAAUAGAAAGCCAAUGAGAAACAAGCAGCCUUCUGCUUUCAUUUGUUUAUAGCAACGCAAGGACCCUUUCGUCAAGUGUAACGAACUAGUCUCGUAUAGGAGAAGAGAGAAGUGGGAAGGGCUGAAUGAUUCAAGUAGAGAUAGGCCGGUGUUCACAAGGAAUUAAAUCUUUGAAUACAACUAAUGUUUAUUUCACCUCUGCCCUUAUCAAAUGGCAGAUAUUGCUGAGAUAAAAAAGGAGCUGGACUCCAUAAACAGUGAACUGACUGCACUUGAGCUUCAGAUAAGUGAUUUGGAAGAAAGAAGAAAUGAGCUGAUCGCUUACAAGAGUCGGCUUAAGAAAAAGCUUGAUCAAACCCUGAAAGAAAAUGAUGGUGCGUCAAGCAGUAAAGAGGAGCUGGAUUUGCAAAUCUACAAGAAGAAAGAUUUCCCAUGGUCCCAGAAAAUUCAAAGUGCACUUGUUGAUGUCUUCAAAUUGUCAAAUUUCCGGCCUCUACAGCUGCAGACAAUCAACAUUACAAUGUCAAGAAAAGACAUUUUCCUCAUCAUGCCCACUGGGGGAGGAAAAAGUUUGUGCUACCAACUACCUGCAGUCUGCUCAGAUGGAUUUACACUGGUGAUUGCACCAUUAGUCUCUUUGAUGGAAGAUCAGAUCAUGUUUCUAGAAAAGUUGGGGAUUUCGGCUGCCACACUUAAUGCUUCCAGCUCCAAGGAACAUGCCAAAUGGGUUCAGAAUGCUAUGCUGAACAAAUCAUCUGACUUUAAGCUUCUCUAUGUGACCCCUGAGAAGAUUUCUAAGAGCAAACUUUUUAUGUCAAAGCUAGAGAAGGCUUAUCACCUUGGACGCCUAAGUAGAAUUGCAGUGGACGAGGUACAUUGCUGCAGCCAGUGGGGGCACGACUUCAGGCCAGAUUACAAAGUUCUUGGUAUCCUGAAGCGCCAGUUUCCAAAUGUGCCAGUGAUUGGUCUGACUGCCACUGCCACGAGUAGUGUUCUGAAGGACUGCCAGAAAAUCCUCUGCUUAGACAAAGUCAUUACGCUUACUGCCUCAUUCAAUAGGCCGAACCUUUAUUAUGAGGUGCGCCAGAAACCUUCAAGCAGUGAAGAUUUUACCGAGGACAUUGUAAGACUGAUUAACCAAAGAUACAAGAAUCAGUCAGGAAUCAUUUAUUGUUUUUCCCAAAAGGACUCUGAAUGUGUUUCAUUAAACCUUCAAAAACUGGGGAUUAAAGCAAUGCCUUAUCAUGCUAAUAUGGAAGCCUCAGAUAAAUCCAGUGUACAUAGAAAAUGGACAUCUAACCAGAUCCAGAUUGUAGUGGCUACUGUAGCAUUUGGGAUGGGCAUCGAUAAGCCAGAUGUACGGUUUGUCAUUCACCACUCACUGAGCAAGUCAAUGGAAAACUACUACCAAGAGAGCGGUCGUGCAGGUCGAGAUGACGAGAGAGCUGAUUGUAUCUUGUAUUACAGCUUUGGAGAUAUCUUCAAAGUCAGUUCCAUGGUUGUGAUGGAGAAUGUUGGACAGCAGAAGCUCUAUCAGAUGGUGACUUAUUGUCUUGAUGUACAGAGGUGCCGUCGAACUCUGAUAGCACAGCAUUUUGAUGAAGUCUGGGACUCCAAACAGUGCAACGAAAUGUGUGAUAGCUGUCAUGAUGAUGCCACCUGUGAGGCGGUGGAUGUAGCAGACCAUGGAAGGAAUUUGGUUAAGAUACUUCAACAUACACAGCAAAUUGAUGAAAAACUGACUCCCCUGAAGCUAAUCGACUCAUGGCUGGGAAAAGGUGCUGCCAAAAACCGUGUCUCGUGUGUGGCUCCACCCAAACUGUCCCGGCUGGAGAUGGAAGCAGUCAUUGCUUACCUGCUUGUGCACCAGUACUUGAGAGAAGACUUCAGCUUUACUCCAUAUGCAACCAUUUCCUACAUUAAACUGGGACCCAAGGCUGACUUACUGAAAAAUGAAAAGCACACAGUCAUCAUGAAAAUGAGAACCCGCUGCAAACCCAGUAAUUCAGAAGAAGAUUUGGCGUCUAAACCUGGAGUGGAGGAAUCUCCUUCAGGAGCCAGCAACAACAAACCCUUUGUGAAAAAGAAACGGUCUUCAAAAAAACCUAAACUGCCACCUACUGAUGUUAACCUGUCUGAAGAGAAGCUGCCAGAAAUCAGCAUUAUAAGGAUAGCCAAACAGGAGAAUCUGCCAAAUGGGUAUAUGACACAGAGUGACACUGAACAGGCGGCAAUUGAGGUUGAAGUACAAAUCAACAACGAGAUUUCACCUCUUCAAGGUAAACAAAAGAUAAGCACUCCCAAAAAGAAGAAAAUAUCCUGCCAAAUGAAGGACAGUUCCCACCAGGGAAAGUGUCCUCCAAAAGAAAACCUAAGCAGCACUGCAUCUGAAGCUUCCAUAAUGUCUGCAGCAGCAGUUGAGGAACUGAGUGACUUACGCAGUUACUACUGCAAACAGCUGCAGAGAAUUAAUUAUAUUUCAAGGGAAAACCUCCAGGAUUUGGAGUCUCACGCUGUACGCUGUGACAAGAGUCUUCUAAAAAAUUUUAGACUCGGAUGUGGGCCUUCCUUAGCUCGUGGUGCAAGGAGCCUUUGGACACGUGUUAGUAUGCGGAGAAAAUAUUUCAUAAGGAAGUGACUUAUUGAUCACUGUGCAUAACCCCCAAAUCAGGGCACUCCCUAAGAGAAUCUCCGCUCCUGAGCAUUGUGGCCAAUUAAUAGGAGACUAAGCUACAGGAUAGCCCCUGCCAAAGGCACUGAGCUUUGAAAGCUGAAGAGGUCCAACCAUUUCUCCCAACAGGUCCAAGCCCUACAAAGUCUCAAGCACUUCUGGCUUCUGCAUAUAAAGUCAGUACAGCUUGGCACAUUGGACUGGAAUACAUUACCAAAUGCUGUCCAAGUAGAUCUGCACUGUUCAGUGUGGCUCAAUGAUCUGUACCCAAGUUGUAAAAUUCAAUAAAAUACAAAUGUUUUUGUAUUCUUA